CUCUCUCAAGUACAACAGCUUCCUGUCCCCUAUUGUGAUCAGGUCUGCCUCCCACAAAACCGACUUGUGCGUGGAUGCCGUUCUCACGAGAACUCCAACAAUGCCUCCCAAGUAUACGCCGACGGCUACCCUUCUGCGCAGUUUAAGCCAUGCCCUUCGAGAACAACACCCCCUCCCUUCACGAUCUGCUCCGAGUGUGCGAACACGACCCGCAGCGACCUUUACACACGCUCGUCAUGCCCAAGCCAUCUCAAUCUUGCCCACGGUUGUGGACAAGACCAGCCAGGAAUACAAGGAAAACUCAAGCCAGCUGGCCAGUAUAAUGACCAAAUAUGCGGAUUUGCACCAAAAGGUCUCGCAGGGCGGACCACAAAAGGCCCGGGAUAAGCACAUUCAGCGCGGCAAGAUGUUGGCACGAGAUCGAGUCACGGCCCUCAUCGACCCGGGCACUUCCUUUCUCGAACUCUCCCCGUUGGCGGCACACGAAGUCUACGAAGACCAGAUCCCCGCGGCGGGCAUGGUCGCCGGGAUCGGCACGGUCGAAGGGGUCACAUGUAUGAUCGUUGCCAACGACGCCACAGUCAAAGGCGGUACCUACUACCCCCUGACGGUGAAGAAACACCUGCGAGCCCAGGAGAUUGCUCAACAGAACCGCCUGCCCUGCAUCUACCUCGUCGACUCCGGGGGCGCCAACCUGCCCAAUCAAGCCAACGUCUUCCCCGACCGCGACCAUUUCGGCCGCAUCUUCUUCAACCAGGCCCGCAUGAGCGGCAUGGGCAUCCCCCAGAUCGCCGUCGUCAUGGGCCCUUGCACCGCGGGCGGCGCGUACGUCCCCGCCAUGUGCGACGAGUCCAUCAUCGUCCAGAACCAAGGCACCAUCUUCCUCGCCGGCCCGCCUCUCGUCAAGGCCGCCACCGGCGAGGUGGUGUCCGCCGAAGACCUCGGCGGCGGCCAGCUGCACAGCAGCGUCUCGGGGGUGACGGACUACCUCGCCGUCGACGACGCCCACGCCAUCGUCCUGGCCCGACGCUCCGUCGCGAACCUAAACUACCCCAGAGAACGGCCGGCCCCCGCCGAGGUUCGAGAGCCCCUCUACGACCCCGAGGAAUUGCCCGGCAUCGUGGGCACCAACCUGAGGAAGCAGAUCCCCAUGCACGAGAUCAUCGCGCGCAUCGUCGACGGCAGCGAGUUCGCCGAGUUCAAAAAGGACUACGGCUCCACCCUGGUCACGGGCUUCGCGCGCAUCCACGGCUACCGCGUCGGGAUCGUGGCGAACAACGGCAUCCUGUUUUCCGAGUCGUCGCUCAAGGGCGCCCACUUCAUCGAGCUGUGCUGCCAGCGCGACGUCCCCCUGGUGUUCCUGCAAAACAUCUCGGGCUUCAUGGUCGGCGCCGACGCCGAGAAGGGCGGCAUCGCCAAGAACGGGGCGAAGCUCGUCACCGCCGUCGCGUGCGCGGAGGUGCCCAAGUUCACCGUCGUCGUCGGCUCGAGCGCCGGGGCCGGCAACUACGGCAUGUGCGGGCGCGCCUACGGCCCCCGGUUCCUGUGGAUGUGGCCCAACGCGAAGAUCGGCGUCAUGGGCCCCGACCAGCUCACGGCCGUCAUGGAGACCGUGGGCAAGUCGGUCGACCCGGAACUGCGCGACCGCAUCGAGCGCGAGAGUGACGCCACCUUCUCGUCCGCCCGGCUGUGGGACGACGGCGUCAUCCCGCCCGCGCAGACCAGGAACGUGCUCGGCAUGGGCUUGAAGGCUGCACUGGGCGGAAGGUCCGAGAAGGUCGGCACAAAGUUUGGCGUUUUCAGAAUGUAGACGGGCAGACGGAACGUUAAACAUGUGUGUGUGUGUACGUGUGAAUUUGAUACUCUCGUGUUUCGAAGUAGACAGUAUCAACAGGAUCUUUCGCCUUUUUUCUACCUUGGUGAAAUGGAUACAAAAACGUCGACGCGAGUCGCAAGAGGUCUAAAAAUCUGUCCACUUUUUUGUAUCGUACCCCGUUAUCCCGUACUUUGCAGUCUCUUUUUUUUCCCUUUCUAUAAAAGCCUCGAAAUGAAAA